AAGUGUACCAAAACAAGGAAACAGGAAGCUGAAAGUGAACGCAUGAAAUGGACACAACAACAACAAUACGCAAAGCAACCAAACACAGUGUAUGUCAGUUUGAUACGUUCACGUCAUAGCGCGUCAUCCAUCCGCACGAAGGUGUUCUUGCGAGAUAAAUAUAGCAGUGAGUGAGCUACUUUUGUAGCAACCAGAACCGUAUCCAAGCAGGCGUCUUUUUGUGAAGAAAUAUACACACAGCUGAACGCAGUGUACACUCCGUCGUCAACAACCCCGUUAGUUGCAAGUGAAAAGUGUCCGUAAAAAGGGGAAAAAACAGAACAAAACAGCAUCAUAAUUAAGCUAAAGCGUGCGCUCGGCUAGUGUGUAAAGUGCGUGCGUGUGUGUGUGUGUGUCCCUGAUGACGCUAUGUGCGAGGUCGCGACCCUGACCGACAGCAUCCAGCAGCAACCACCAUCAUCAGCACCAGCAGUACCACUACUAGUCGGCAUCAUGGGGCAAACCUCGUCCUCCGGGACGGCAGCAAGCAACAACAACAACAACCAUCUUCAGCAUGGCGGCACGGCCCGCAAUGGGAAGAAGAUGUACCACCGGCACAGUUCGGUCCAGCCAGCGCUGGCCAGCAUACGGCUGCUGAAGAAGGAGAAUUCGCUCACGGUCGGGGGCAGCGGGGCGAAGCGGGCCGAUACCGUGCUGCUCCAGAAGGCACGCACCGAAAGCCGCACCAUCGACCAGUACGGGCUGCUCCUGGCGAACGGUGGUGCUACCGGUACGAACGGUGCCGCAGCGGCAACAGUGCCAACGGUUACAGCGGCACCAUCCUGCCCGAGUGAGGCGACGACCGCUAGCAACGACCUAACCGUACUGCUGUCGUCCGGCAGUGCGGCCGACGUGGACCGCUCAGUGAGCUCGGUGACGGGCAAUGGGGGGACAAGCAGUCGGGAGUUUUUCAAAUCGGGCGAUGAUACGUACCACCGGACGGACUGCUGCUACUACCGCACGAUGGACAACGGCUACCACAAGCUGCCCUCGGACUCGUACCACAAAACGACCGAGGGUUGCUACGUCAAGAUGACGGAUGGGAGCUUCCGGCGGCUCGACCACACCCCCGGCAGUGUGACCGAUGGGGAAGAGGAUGGCUCAACCGUCCCGGCAGCAGCAACUACUGCCGCCGCUCCGGUGCAGUACCGCGUCCGCAAUCCGAUGAUGAAGUUUCUCAAGCGCUCCAAAUCCCACACACCCGCCACGAUAGUGCAGCUGCAGAAGGAGAAGGAGCGGAAGGCGGCGGCAGCAGCACCCCAGCAUCACCGGCUCAGCACAAUCCAAUCGUCCGAGGGAGCCGGUGGUGACGUAGGACGGCAGCAGGCUGCCGCGGCUGCAGCCGCACUCCUACAGCACGCCCAUCACCAUCAUCAAAAGUCUGUGCCAACUGCUGCGGGUUCGUUGCUAGUGUCGUCUUCAUCGCAGCAGCAACCGCUGCUUUCUACCCGAGACUCCACGCAUCAGCAGCAGCAGCAGCAGCAUUCCCAUUCGCACCAGCAUCAUUCGCACCAUCACCAUCACCAUCACAACCAUGCCCAUCCACCGUCGGCGUCAUCGAUAGUGGAGCAGGGUAGUGGUGGGGCCGUCGUCACCAAGCAGCAACAACAGUCCAGUGCGGCCGUACCGAACCAUCAGAACCGGCGCGUGAUGGUGACGAUGAUCGAUGGUGGGCUGCCGGUGGUGGCCAAGAGCAAGCCCAUCCACGACAAACCGAAGAGUGCCAAAGCCCGCGUCCAGGAGGUGAAAAGGGACAAGAUAGUGAUAAUUCGAAUCACAUCCGGCAGCGACGACCUGCAGCAGCAGCAGCAACAGCAGUAGUGUGUGCGGUUUUCCUCCCCAAGUUUGGCCAUGAGUGCCUCGAAAGAGUUCGAACGGAACGAGGCGAUUCGCAAAAGCGUGCGGUUGAAGGCGCCGGUCCGGAUGGAGGUGGCAGGCACUGGUGCAACGACGACCACCACGAGCACCACCUCGACGACCACCACAUCAUCAGCACCACCGCCGAUCACAUCGCCCACCGGGACAAGGCGGCCAGUGUCGCUGAUGACCUCGCCGUUACCGUCGCCCCGCCUGGCCACGCUCGGCGUACGGGAGCGCAACCUACGCAACGAGCUGGACAGCGGCCCAACGCAACGCACCUCGUACCUGCAGCGGCCUACGCCGGCGGCGAAACCGGCCACCGCCCGGGUCGACAUACGUGACGGAUACUCGCUGAAGCUGAGUGACAUUACGCGAGCUCCCGCUGCCGCUCCUGCCGAGCCUAAGAUGGCGACCAAUGGGGGAGUAGCAGCGGAGCAGCCGAACUCCGAAUCGGUCGAUGUCCACUCGCUCUCGGUGCUGCAAACGCUGGAGCGCCAGAUCAACACGAUGGAGUUCGACGAGCGGAUGAAGCAGCGGCGCGAUCUGCUGCUCCAACCGCCGGGCUCCCCGGGCUCCCCGAUCAUGAGCUCCGCCGCGAUGGCCCGCCGCAAGGACCAGCGGCCCGUGCACUACGGUGAGCUGCCGAGUCUGCUCAACACCGGCAUCAGCGAUGUGGCCACCGGCAACGGGUUCGGCUAUCUGGACCGGGAGGACAGCGGCGCGAACGACGACAGCGACGACGAGCUGGCCCACGCGCGGCAAAAUGCAUUCAAGCGCGGGGAGGAAGGUCGCAGCUCGACCGGCGGUGCUACCGGGUACAGCGUGAAACCGAAAGCGACCCGCAUCAUCAACCGUACCGUGUCGGACACGAAGAACGCAGAGGCGGCUGUUAAAACGAUACGCCUGAAGAAGCUCGCCCCGAAGCCACCGGUCGUCGUGGUGGGGAUGAAGCCUUCAACAGCGGCACCACCGCCCCCCUCCUCCUCCACGGCUGCCGACAAAGGAAAGGGAGGGUUGGGUUUGGUGGUUGGACGGGGUGGAACCAGCGGCAGCACUGCAGCAACGGUUGUUGGGUCAUCCAGUGCAACUGGCAGCACAUCGACGACCGCCUCCUCCUCCUCUUCGGCUGGAAGCGGUGGGACGACCGCUGCUGGCAGCGGCGGAGGGGUCACGGGGUCCAAACCGGCGGCAAUCACGACGGAGAAGAAGAUUAGUGCCGAGGUGCUGAAACAGUUCGCGGCCGCGCAGACACAGAAAGUGCAGGGCUCCCCAAAUAUGCAAAUGCGCGGUACGCCCGCCCGGUGGCGAUCGGGCGAGGAGCACAUCGGCAAGUACAAGCUGCUGAAGACGAUCGGCAAGGGCAACUUUGCGAAGGUGAAACUGGCGAAGCACGUCCCCACCAACAAGGAGGUCGCCAUCAAGAUCAUCGAUAAGACGCAGCUGAAUCCUUCCUCACUGCAGAAGCUAUACCGCGAGGUGCGGAUAAUGAAAAUGCUCGAUCAUCCGAACAUCGUGAAGCUGUUUCAGGUGAUCGAAACGGAAAAGACGCUCUACCUGGUGAUGGAGUACGCGUCCGGUGGCGAAGUGUUCGACUAUCUCGUCGCCCACGGCAAGAUGAAGGAGAAGGAGGCUCGCGCCAAGUUCCGACAGAUCGUGUCCGCCGUACAGUACUGCCAUCAGAAGCGAAUUAUACACAGAGAUUUGAAGGCGGAAAACCUGCUGCUCGACAGCGAGAUGAACAUCAAGAUAGCGGACUUUGGCUUCUCGAACGAGUUCACGCCCGGCUCGAAGCUGGACACGUUCUGCGGUUCGCCACCGUACGCAGCGCCCGAGCUGUUCCAGGGCCGCAAGUACGACGGGCCGGAGGUGGACGUGUGGUCGCUCGGCGUCAUCCUUUACACCCUGGUCAGCGGUUCGCUGCCGUUCGACGGUGCCACGCUGAAGGAGCUGCGCGAGCGCGUCCUGCGGGGCAAGUACCGCAUUCCCUUCUACAUGUCGACCGACUGCGAGGUCCUGCUGAAGAAGUUCCUCGUCCUCAACCCAUCGAAGCGCGCCAACCUCGAAACGAUCAUGAAGGACAAGUGGAUGAACAUGGGCUACGAGGACGAUGAGCUGAAGCCGUACAUCGAACCGUUGCCCGAUCUGAAAGAUCAGAAACGGAUAGAAGCGUUAGUCGCGAUGGGCUACAAUAGGCAAGAUAUUGAAGAUUCAUUGGCAAACACCAUGUACGAUGACGUAUUCGCCACUUAUCUACUGCUCGGGAGAAAAAGCACCGACUCCGAGUCGGACGGGUCCCGGUCCGGAUCGUCCCUGUCGUUACGUAACAUUGCCGGCAACGAGGGUGCCGCAGCCGGUAACUCCCAGGUGCAAAGCCCAACGCAUCGCGGCGUGCAUCGAAGCAUAUCCGCGUCCAGCACCAAACCGAGCCGGCGAGCUUCCAGCGGUGGCGAAACUCUGCGCGUCGGUCCAACGACGGCCGUGGCCGCGGCCGCAGCUGCCGCCGCCGUCGGUGCCGGUGGUGGCGGCGUGGGCGGCGGCGGCGGUGGUGGCGCUGUUGUCGGCAGCAUGGCAGCGGCGGGCGGUGGCGCCGGAACUGGCACGGUGGUGGGUGGCGGUACCGGCGGCGGUACGGCCAACGUCACCGGGAACAGUGUGCUCGCCGGUGCGACCAACAACCACAGUUCGGGCACGGGCGGUAGUGGCGGCGGUGCAUCUGAAAGAACAUCGAUAAGCAGUAAUUUCAAGCGUCAAAAUACAAUCGACUCGGCGACGAUCAAGGAAAACACGGCACGACUGGCCGCACAGAACCAGCGACCGGCUUCGAGCAUAACUAAACCGAUUACCUCGGUAGACAACUCAUCGAUCUCCAGCCCGGCGAAAGCGCGUACUACCAGCAGCAGUACGAGUACCAAGUACGAUCCGAGCAACGGCUCCCGGACAGUAGGCCCCAGUGCCGGCCUAAUGCCUAGACGGUCCACGACGCUGUACGAGAAAACGUCGUCCACAGAAAAGACAAACUCCACCACGGAUCCAACUAGCAACAGUUUCGUCGCACCAAUACCCGAAUUCAACCGUGGCAACUCAGCAUCGGCAGCUACUAGUGGUGCGGGUAGUGUCGGUGGUGGUGGUGGUGGCGGGGUCGCCAACAGUGGCAGCGCUAACACCACCGGCACGGGAACGACCGGGGCCACGACCGGUAGCACAGCUGGCGGUGGCGGCGGCGGCGGCGGCACCACCACCACUGGCACUAUGGGCGGCAGCGGUAGUGUUAGUGUUGGCGGUGCUGGCAGCGUUACCGGUGGUGGCAACGGUGGUAGUAACGUUGGAGGAGGCGGCGGCGGCGGCGGUGGCGGUGGCGGCACCGGUAAGGGACAUGUCAAGAGUGCAUCCGUCUCCAGUCCCGGUCCGUCUGCCGACAGUACUACCAAUAGUGCCGCCACGAACGAUCCCCUCAGACAAAGCAUGGUGAAUCGCAAUAGUCUUACACCAGCCGUUAAUUCUUCCAGACAACCGGUUGCAUUUCCCAGGAAUGUUCCAUCGCGAUCGACUUUCCAUUCGGGACAAACCAGAGCCCGAAACAGCACGGUAUACGCCGGAACGGGCGGGAACGUCGGUGAUUCGCCACACUCUGGCAAGACUUUCUUGCAAAGACUUACUACCAGAUUUAGCAAACGGGACAAUUUGCGGCUGCCAUCCGAAAGGCCCAACGAUGGCCAAGCAAAUACUUCAACAAGUACAGCUAGUACGAACACGGAGGAACCGGUAAAGCCACGUGUACUGCGCUUCACCUGGUCGAUGAAGACAACCUCCCCCCGGCUGCCGGACGAAAUCAUGGCCGAAAUCCGGUCCGUGCUGGACAAGAACAAUUGUGAUUAUGAGCAGCGAGAACGAUUCGUACUGCUGUGCGUACACGGCGACCCGAACACCGACUCGCUAGUGCAGUGGGAAAUUGAGGUCUGCAAGCUGCCCCGGCUAUCGCUGAACGGUGUCCGGUUUAAGAGAAUAUCGGGCACCAGCAUCGGCUUCAAGAACAUUGCGUCGAAGAUCGCGUACGAUCUACGUCUGUGACUCGAUACAAAAUCGGAAGAGUAUCACUCGGUCGGGA